AUCUCUUCAUUUGAACAUUGCUUGUCUACUUAUUUCAGUUAGAGGCGUAGGUCAUAAGGGGGGCUCCGAGACUUUGUUAUUGCAUAAGCACAUCAUCUUAACAGCGAUUGCGCCAUCCAUCUCGUCGUUGUGAUCCUUGAACUUUAACCAACGAAAACACCAUCAAACCUCAACGGCGUCAUAUUGACAAUGUUGAAUUGCGUUUAGCCUCUCGAAAGCGCCCUUUUGGUCUUCAGUCUUGCACUUGGCAAAGUGGUAAGAGAUCUGCGCAGUGUGGGUAGUAUGCAUCUAGGCAGUUUAUGUGCCAAAAGCGGCAUCCUGCGCAAUCGUUGACGCCGCGACAUCGGAUCUGCAACGAAGUUAUUUUAUAUGACUGUCACCCCCCUUCACGACAAUCCUUCAUUCUUUGAGAUUAUUUUGCACAUACGUACCUUGGUUCCCUCUGCGGACCAUCUCAACAUCUUAUCUGGUAUAGUUAGCCUCUAAAAAGCACAAUGACCUUCCAAACCGUCCAGGACCAUCAGGUCGUCAAACCCGACCGCCAUCUCACCAACACUACCGUUCCGCCUGGUGUAGCUGAUGACCCCGAGCAUGACGCCGUCACCAUUACGGACGAGAAUCAACCCCUCCUUACCCGCACGGCCAGCUCCAGCUCUUCUUCCUCUUCUCAAACGCCCGGCCACUCCUCCUCUUCUGACGAUGCCUGGACCCCUCCCCCUUACUUCGUCUUCAUCCAAAUCGCCCUCAUGUCCAACGUCUUCCUCUACGGCUUCGACGGCACCAUCACCGCCGCCACCUACGCCAUCAUCUCCUCUGAGUUCGGCGCCGCCAACACCGCCUCGUGGCUGACCACCGCCUACCUGGUCACGAGCACCGCCUUCCAGCCGCUCUAUGGGCGCGUCUCCGAUAUCUUUGGGCGCCGCGUCUGUUUCUUUAUAAGCACCAUCACUUUCGCGCUUGGCUGUCUUUGGUGCGGGCUCGUCAAGCCUUCCUCUACCGAAAACGGAAAUGACAUGAUCUGGGUCAUCGUCGCCCGCGCCCUCACCGGCUUCGGCGGCGGCGGGCUCAUGACCAUGGCCACCAUCGUCAACUCGGACAUGAUCCCGUUUCGCAGGCGGGGGAUGUACCAAGCGCUGCAGAACGGCAUGUUUGGGUUCGGCGCUAUUUGCGGCGCGAGUUUUGGGGGGAGCGUUGCGGACGGAAUUGGUUGGCGCUGGUGUUUCCUCUUGCAGGUGCCCGUGUCAGCGUUUGCGCUGGCGGUUGGGUGGGUGGUUAUUAAGAAUCCCGUAAAUGGAGUCAUGGGGGCAGAGGAGAGGACUUGGGGACUGAUUCGGAGGAAGGUGGACUUUACUGGUGCGUUUUUGCUGGUCACGGCUAUUUCGAUCCAGCUUGUUGGGCUGAGCCUUGGUGGCAAUGAGUUGCCUUGGAGUAGCCCGUGGGUGGUUGCGUCGUUGGUGGGCAGCACGGCGAUGUUGGUGUUGUUCUUGGUGGUGGAGGCGAGGACGAGUGCGACUCCGGUUAUUCCGCUGAGGUUGUUGAGGGGAAGUUUGCCUCUGUUGACGCAGUUUGCGAAUGUUUGUGCUGGGUUGAGUGCUUAUGCUUACCUCUUCAACCUCCCUCUGUUCUUCCAAGUCGUCCUCCUCGACUCCGCCAUGACCGCCGGCGCCCGACUCGCCAUCCCGUCGUUGGCCACACCCAUCGGUGGUCUUAUUGCCGGCGUGGUCAUGUCUCGCUGGGGAAAGCUCAUCACUCUCGUCCGCAUUGGAACCUUCUUGAUGGUCUUUGGCAACGCCUUGGUUACCUCCCUCGCCUUUGAGGACUCCAGGUGGAAGUAUCUCGUCUACAUCUUCCCCGCCAACUUGGGCCAGGGAAUUGUGUACCCCGGCAUUCUGUUCACCUCGCUGGCCACCUUCGAUCAUGCCGACCACGCCGUUACUGCCUCAACCGUCUACCUGAUCCGGUCUCUUGGCACCGUCUACGGCGUUGCCAUCACCUCUGCCAUUGUGCAAACCACGCUCAGCGUCCGGCUUCCCGGCGCUUUGGGCGAGAUACCAGAUAAAUGGAGAGUCAUCGACGAAAUCCGUCACUCCGUCUCGGCAAUCAAGGACCUUCCCCCGGAUAUCCAGCUCAAGGCUCGCGAGGUCUACUACGAAGGGCUGAGGCUUUCUUUUGCCACGUCGACGGCUGUGGCUGCUGCUGCUGUUGGCGCGGCACUGCUUGCUAGGGCACGGGGACUUCGUAGUACCAAGUAA